UUUUCUUAAACUGUGUAAACUAUGUAGAACAUAGUACAAGAUUUAAAUUUAGGUACACUACGUUUUCAUUUUAUUUUGCAACGAGAUAUGUAAACAAACAGACAGUUUAAAAAAUACUUGUAUCAAACUGAUAAAAUAAAAAUAACUGUUACUAUAUAAUCAUGUGCAUUGGCAAAUAACAACAUCAAUUGAAAAGAAAGCUGAAUCUGCUUUGAAUAAGAUGGCAUCUCUUACAAUGACGCCUUCGCAAACACCAAGAAUCUCCCAGAUCAGAAAUGUACGUCAAGGCAGUGUUAUUGAUUUGGAUAUUGAUAUGUUCCUUAAAAUAUCAAAUUACGAAGAUACAGUUAGACAACUUGAUAUUUAUUAUGGAAUUGUUAAGAGACAAUUGUUACGCUACCAAAGUUGCAUAACAGGUCUUUUUCCUCAAAUUUCAAGCGAUAAAGUAGCCGGAAGCGUACGAGAAAGUAUUUAUUGCGCCGCUGCUAUAUGGAGUUUAUAUCAAGCGUAUAGACGUAUAGACGAUGAUCGUGGAAAAUCAUAUGAACUUGGACAAUCAGCUGUAAAGUGUAUGCGUGGAAUUUUAGAAUGUUGGGUGAAACAAUCUGCUAGAAUAGAGUUAUUUAAACGCAAUCAGUGUAAUCGAUUUGCUUUGCAUUGCAAAUUUCAUUUAAAUACUGGUGAUGAGAUUUUUAAAGAUGCCGACUACAAUCAUUUACAGAUCGAUAUCGUUUCUCUGUAUUUGAUAUUUUUAGUCCAAAUGAUUUCUUCGGGAUUACAAAUUAUAUAUACCCAAGAUGAAGUAGCGUUUAUACAAAAUCUUGUAUAUUAUGUAGAAAGAGCAUAUCGUACACCCGAUUAUGGCAUGUGGGAACGCGGUAGUCGUUACAAUGACGGUACUCCUGAAAUUCAUGCAAGUUCAAUUGGUAUAGCCAAAAGUGCUCUUGAAGCUAUUAAUGGAUGUAAUUUAUUUGGAGAAAAAGGAGCUUCUUGGUCAGUAAUAUACGUUGAUAUCGAUGCACAUAAUCGAAAUCGCAGCAUUUUUGAAACAAUGCUUCCAAGAGAAUCCAGUUCCAAGAGUGUAGACAUAGCUUUGUUACCAACAAUAUCUUUUCCUGCGUUUGCAACACACGAGGAAGUAUUAUACAAUGAAACGAAGGCGAAUAUAGUUCGGAGAUUAAAAGGCAAUUAUGGAUUUAAAAGAUUUGGAAGAGAUGGAUAUAAAACAGUCUUAGAGAACAAAGAUCGUCGUUAUUACAAAUCUGGUGAAAUUAAGGAAUUCGAUAGUAUAGAAUGCGAAUGGCCAUUAUUUUACAUUUUCAUGGUAAUUGAUGGUGUUUUUAAAACUCUUCCGGAACAAGUAGAAGAAUAUCAAAAUCUGUUGAAGGAAAAAAUGUAUAAAGAUGUAAAUGGAGAUCCUGUGAUACCUAUGUAUUACUAUGUACCUGAGGAUAGUUUGGAAGCAGAAAGAAAUGAUCCUGGCAGUACCUAUCGAAUACCAAGCGCUGAAGGAAGAGGUCGAAAAAGUUCUACAGAUGCAGAUCCCGGUCCCAUGUAUUUAUGGAAUCAAGCCAUGUUCAUAAUUGCACAGUUAUUGACAGCUGGCUUGUUACAUAUUAAUGAAUUAGAUCCAAUCCGACGUUAUCUUCCUUCGUACAAUAGACCACGGAAAGCUGGAAGGUAUUCAGCUUUUCAAGCUAAACCCACUAUUGGUACUCAUACCGAUCUUGUAGUACAAAUCGUUCUUAUUGCUGAGUCUAUGAGAUUGCAAGCUAUGAUGGCAACGUAUGGCAUACAGACACAAACACCUCAUGAAGUAGAACCUGUCCAGAUAUUGUCAUCCGCACAAUUAGUCAAAGUUUAUGAAAAAUUAGGAGUGAAUGGUAAAUUGAAUUUACAAGGUCGACCAUCUAGACCAAUUGGAUCUCUGGGUACAAGUAAGGUUUAUAGAGUUUGUGGUAUGACAGUGCUCUGUUAUCCUUUGAUAUUUGAAGUAUCAGAAUUUUAUUUAUAUAGAGACAUGGCUUUAUUAAUUGAUGAUAUAAAAACUGAGCUCCAAUUUGUGGGUAAAUACUGGCGACUUUCGGGUCGACCUACUGUAUGUCUUUUAAUACGGGAGGAACAUAUGAGGGAUCCGCAAUUUAAAGAAAUGCUGGAUCUUUUUGCUAUGUUGAAAAAAGGGUAUUGCGAUAAAACAAAAGUUCGAAUUGGUAGAUUGCAAAAUCUCAUUUCAUCUUCGUGUAUUGAACACUUGGAUUUUGUAAAUACUAUAGAAACAGAUCUUGAGCUUACUCAGUUUAAACAAUUGGAGCAUGAUUAUAUUGGAUAUCAAAGUCUUACAGAUGUACCUAAAGCUUUAACUUACAGUGAAAACAUCAAAGAUUGUGCUUAUUACAUGAAUGAACCACUGUAUAAUAUAUUAAAUGAAAUCCGCAAUAAUAAAAGCCUUUAUACUUUAUGUCAACUUUACGGCAUUUUGUUGAAACGAGAGGGUGUGAAUUAUGAAGUUAAUGGAAUGACAGUUGGGGAUUAUCUGCGGACUUUAUAUCAACAAGCAGGUUGCCUCAGAUAUUGGAUGGUUGUUCGUUACUGCAGCAGCUUAUUAAAUCAUACUGUUGAUAGUAUCAGCCCGUUUAUAACUGCCGUUCUAGUUAAAGGAAAACAGAUUACAGUUGGAGUUAUUGGGCAAGAAGAAACAGUGUUUGAUAAACCAAUGACACCUGCAGAAAUUCAAUCAGUUAUGUAUUCUACAAUUCAACCACACAAUGUAGUACAUGCAGUACUUCAGCAAGAAGUUUUAUUAUAUUGUGGUAGACUGAUUGGAACAAAUCCAGAAAUGUUUAAAGGAAUAUUAAAAAUUCGUAUUGGGUGGGUUUUAGAAGCAAUAAAGCUUUACUUGCAAAUGUUUGUUAAAAACCCUAAACCGGUUGAAAAUUAUAGUCCUUUUGAAAUUCGCCGAUUUCUUAUAAAAGUAUUGACGGUUAAAAAUUGGGCAAAUGAUGAAAAGCUUACAAUAUUAGGGCGUAGAAAAAUUGAAGGUUGCCUAUGUAGGGUGCCUGCACAUUUUUAUAAUCAUGUUUGGGAAGUUCUGUUGCGUUGUCCAGGUGGUAUUUGCGUUAAUGAACAAGAAUUGCCGCAACAGCCUACUCUUUCUAACAUGACCCGUUCGGAACUUGCGUUUGCUUUAUUUGUGGAGUCUUUGCUUCAUCAUAUACAAUUACCAGAAUAUCGUCAAAUUAUUGUAGAAUUACUUACCAUAGUGUCAACAAUUUUGCUUAGAAAUCCAGAAUUAAGUUUUCAGAAACAGUUGGAUCUUAACAAACUCGUUGAAGACGCUUUUCUCAUGUAUUGCAAGGAUCAUAAUUUAGAAAAAACAGCAGAUCAAUCGAUAUUUUUUUCUGCUCCUUACUCAAUAACUGCUGGAUAUCUUGCUAGAGCUAUUGUUAAUAAUGUACUUACUGGAGGAUGUUUUGCAACUAUAAAUGACAUUAAUGAUGCAAUUGAAAAUAGAGAAACUUGUAAAAUUGCGUAAUAUACAUUGUUGUUUAUUAAAAUAGUGGUUUGUCUGUAAAUAAAAUUAUAUUUAUA